AUGGAGCCUAUCCAGAACGUCGCACUCUUGGGGAAAGGGUGGCUUGGAUCCGCAAUCUUGGAGAAGCUCGUCGAUACUGGAUUCCAAGUCACCGUGUUGAGUCGCACAGCUCGCGCUGUGGAUGAACACCCCUCUAGCGUCAAGACUGUGCAGGUCGAUUAUUCGUCUAUCGACAGUCUUGUAGCUGCUCUCCAGGGGCAGGAUGCCGCCGUAUCUACCGUCGGCAUGUCCGGUAUUAGUGCACAGAAGAUGGUCAUUGAUGCCAGCAUCCAGGCUAGCGUUAGACGCUUCAUCCCUUCCGAUUUUGGGGCGCUUACUACCAGACCUGGAGCAGAGUCACUUCCGCUGAACGCGUUAUGGAUAGACAUCCAGAAGUACCUCAAAGAAAAGGCGCUCGGAGGACAGAUUGAGUACACACUGUUUGCCGUUGGACCCUUCCUGGAAUUUGUCAUGUCGAUGCCGUUUUUGACCGACCUGCAGACUCAGACUGCUCCACUAUAUGACAAUGGUGUGCAUACUUUCAGCUCAACUAGUGUGUCGAGCGUCGGAAAAGCCGUUGCUGGUGCUUUGAAGAAUGCUGCAGAGACCAAAAACCGCUUGGUCAGCGUUCACGACAUUGUCCUAACUCAAAGCAAAGUUUUGAAGCUGGCAAAGAAGUACUCGGGGCCUGAUGUCAAAUGGAUUGAAAAUCCAGUGGAUGCAGCGGUCGAGCUUGAGACAAUUCUCGAAAAUACCAAGCAGAGUGGCCUGGACCUCUUCCAAACACUUGCGCUGCUGAAAUCUGCGCUCUUAGGUGGCAAAUUCGAAGUGGAGUUCAAGAUUUUGGAUAAUGACCUUGUCGGAGUCCGCCUUCUUUCCGAUGAUGAGUUCGAGAAGAUCUUUGCCACGGCUUUUAAGCCAGGCCAGAUGAUUGCACAAGAGGAUCUUCAGGCAGACGUUGAAGGGAUUCAAGGCGAGGCUUAG